AAUGGGACACCGCUUUGUUCAACAGUAGGGGAGGGCAGACGAGCACAGUUGCUCUCUGUUAGAGGCGUUAAACACAAUCUACUGGGGCGGACCAUCCCGUCUUAUAUUUGUCCAGCUGUGUUAAAACGCGCCUUACAAAUAUUUGUCUUUCGUAGACUCAGAGGAUUUCUAUCGAGGGAUGUCAAAGCGAGUACGAAGCAGAGAGGUCUGCGCUGAUUGCAGUGCUCCGGAGCCACGCUGGGCCUCUGUUAACAGGGGUGUGUUGAUCUGCGAUGAGUGCUGCAGCAUCCAUCGAGGUCUGGGGCGACACAGCUCUCAGGUCCGACAUCUGACUCAUUCUCCGUGGCCACCCUCCCAGUUACAGAUGGUCCAGACAUUGUAUGGCAAUGGUGCUAAUUCCAUAUGGGAGCAUAGCCUUCUGGACCCUUCCUCUUCAGUGAGUGGAAAGCGCAAAGCAAACCCCCAGGACAGAGUUCAUCCCAACAAGACAGAGUUCAUCAAGGCCAAAUAUCAAAUGUUGGCAUAUGUCCAUCGGAUGCCUUGUCGGGAGGAUGACAGUGUAACCGCAAAAGACCUCAGCAAGCAACUCCACUCCAGUGUUCGGACUGGAAACCUGGAGACCUGUCUUCGACUCUUAUCUUUGGGAGCACAGGCCAACUUCUUCCAUCCAGAGAAGGGAAACACCCCACUACACAUAGCAGCCAAAGCAGGUCAGAUGUUACAAGCAGAACUAUUGGCAGUCUAUGGAGCUGAUCCUGGGGCUCUGGACUCAAGUGGAAAGACCCCCAUUGAUUACGCAAGACAAGCUGGGCACCAGGAGCUGGCAGAGAGGCUAGUGGAGAUCCAGUAUGAACUCACUGACCGGUUAACAUUUUACCUUUGUGGUAGAAGGCCAGAUCACAGAAAUGGGCAACACUUCAUCAUUCCACAGAUGGCAGACAGCAGUCUGGAUUUGUCAGAGUUUGCAAAAGCUGCAAAGAAGAAGCUUCAGUCGCUAAGUAACCAUCAGUUUGAAGAACUUGCCAUGGACGUUUAUGAUGAAGUUGACAGAAGAGAAACAGAUGCCGUGUGGUUAGCCACUCAGAACCACAGCACACUUGUAACUGACACCACAGUUGUACCUUUCCUGCCUGUCAAUCCAGAGUACUCAUCUACCAGAAACCAGGGUCGUCAAAAAUUGGCGAGGUUUAGUGCUCAUGAAUUUGCCACCCUGGUGAUCGAUAUUCUAACAGAUGCCAAACGACGGCAGUGGGGUAAUUCCUGUGACAGUCCUAAAGAGAAUGUGGAGCUCAUCCUUCAGGGAAUAGACAGUCGCCAUAACAGUGAGAGCCAGGACAAUGACCAGCCAGAUUACGACAGUGUGGCAUCAGAUGAAGAUCCAGUACAAGAGGCCACAUGUGGGGACAGCUGUAAUGAUGGGAGGACCAAGAGCUCAGAGUCAUCUGACCUCUCUGAUGGGCCAAUCACAGUGCAAGAAUUUAUGGAGGUGAAGAGCGCCCUCACUGCAUCAGAAGCCAAAAUACAACAGCUUCUCAAAGUCAACUGUCACCUUAGUGAAGAGCUGCGGAUGAUGCAAAGCAAGCUGAACUCCCUGCAGAGUGAAAACUCAACACUGCGAUGGCAGACCCCCAGCGGACAGCAGCACCUCCAGGGGCCCUUUGGCCGACACCCACCCCGCGGAGGUCGCGCCAUGUCCAUGUAUGAGACGGGUUCGACUCCCAGGCAGUACCCCCACCGAGCCGAAACAGCACGGCACGAAGAUGGAGUCAUUUUACAACCCUUCCCAACCAAUAUUGGGAGGGGUCCUUUGGGGACGGCUGCUUCCUCCCUCCCUACCUUCCCCUCUUCCCUGUCCUGGUCGUGGGAUGAGAGAUCUCGAAGGGGUUGUAGUCUGGAAGGACGAAGCACUAUGCUGGAGAAUGAUUGUGAUACUACACCCAACCACUCUGAACUGGAGGAGACUGGCAGCCCCCCUUCAACCUCUGAUGCUGUGGAACCAGAGGAGGAGGGUGAGGAAGAUGCCACCCUGCCAUGCACAGAGGACGUCAUCUGUAAGACGGAGCAGAUCACUAAGAACAUACAGGAGCUUCUGAGAGCUGCCCAGGAGACCAAACACGAAAGCUUUCUGCCUUGCUCUGAAAAGAUCUGCAUGGCUGUGACUGAGAUGGCCGCCCUGUUUCCCAAGAGGCCGUCCUCAGAGACGGUGAGAGGAUCUCUGUGUCUGCUCACUUCAAGCGCCAGCCGGCUGCAUGGAGAGUGCCAAAAGGCUGCGGAUCACAACCCCUGCCCUUCAGACAUCCAGCUGGUCACCCAGCAGGUCAUCCAGUGCGCCUAUGAUAUUGCCAAAGCUGCCAAGCAACUUGUCACUGUGACAACCAAAGAAAAUAACAACUAACUAAAAACCCAAAGACAUUUCUGAUACACCCAAAACACAGGUUAUCAAUGAUGUUGCUAAUUUCAGCUUAAUCAGUGUUAACACCAUUUUUUUAUUUUCCCAUAUUAAUCAGUGUGAUCAUUUACAUACAUUCCUUGAGAUGGGACAUUCGGUAAAAGAAAAAAAAAAAACAUUCUAAAUUAGGGAUCAUUUAAAAGCUUUAUUUAUUUUGUUGUUUUUGUACCAUGGUAAUAUGGAGUAAAGAAAUGUCUUUAAAGAUGUAGGACAAAAUUAUUUAGUAUUCUUUACCUCAUAAAAAGUUACAUUUAAUCCACACAAUUUCUAAAAGUGCAAUGUUGUGUGUGUGUGUGUAUAUAUAUAUAAAACAAUCAGAACAACAAGCAGUUGAGCCUUCUACAUUGUACUUUUCUUCUUAGUACUUUAGUGGACACCAGAGGUAAUCAGUUGUGCUCCUUGAGUCUUGUUUCUGGCACUGCUGUGCUGCCAGAGAGGACCAAAAGUCUGCAAGACACCUGGCAUCAAGGAUCAGAAUAGAUGAACCUUAAUCUACCCCAGAGACAUUGGUUUAUUUUACUUUUGUCAUUUUAAAUGUUUUUUUUUUUUUUUCAAACGAUGCAAUGACAGUGUUUCAAUCUUGAAUCAUGAUGAUCGUGACACCACUUGCUUAUAGUUCAGAUGUUUGUUUAGUAAGCAAACUGUGAUUCUAAAAAAAAAAAAAAAAACAGCUUCAGUGCAUUGAGCACCAUGUAAGGCCAGCAGUACCAAGAGUUUGCAAGCUCUCAUUCCAUCCAGUCCCUUCACGCUGGUUGAAGGUGUGUGUAUAGGUAAGGUUUCAGUAGUUUUUGGAGUUCUAAUGUUACAGCCAUACUUCUGAUGUGUAUGUAUGUAUGUGUGUGCGUGUGUGUGUGUGUAUGGGCGCAGUUGUCACAGAGAUGGCCUCGAUGGCCCAUGUGAAAUCCAUUUUGAAUCAAUUUUAAUAGCAUUAUGCAAAUAUAUAAGAUGUAUGUAUCCAUGUAAUUCUUUAUCAAAAUAAUCCAAAUGCUAUUCUAUUUAUAAACUGUAUGUCAUACCUCUAAGAAAAUAUCAAUGUUUAUUUUCAUAAGCUUUUGUUUAACAUGAUGCUCCUCACAGGCUAACUUUUGUUCUGAGGUUUGGGACGUCUCAGCUGGCAGUUAGUUAUAGGCAACUUGUGAUCUCUGUUUAUUUGGUGUGGUGCUGUAACUCCAGUGUGUUAGAUGCUGCCUGUGGUCACAUAUGUACCGCUAUGGUUUACAAUCAAUGAUAAAGUAAAUGUGCCCUCAAAGUUAGAGUACCUGUUGUAGAACUUGGGUCCAAUGUGUCAAUCAUUGUUGUGAGCCAGAUAAGUUUAAACCAGGGGUUGGAAAGAGAAUGAGAAUACCAUGCACAAGUUGAGUACAUGUAAUACAAGAUUACUCAAGUACAAGUAAGAUUACAGUAUUGAAACAUGUUCAUUCAAAGAUGAAAAGUAUCUCUUUCAAAGACUUGCUACUUGAAGUUGCUUCACUUCAUGUGGUCAGCAUUAAAAGAGCCAGAGUAGUAUCUUGUCUGUAACCAUUUCAAUAUGAAUAUGCAGCCACAUCGCUUAAGCAAUCCCUCUCAAAUUUAGUGAUGCUUUCCGAAGUGGAGAGCAUCUUUUCUUAAUAAGGAAGCUUUCUCAGAAGGCUGCCUCUGGAGGGAAAAGAGCUUCAAAGCUUCUUUGGUACAGAUUAUUAUUUCAUUAAUUUCUUCUGGUUUUUCCUCUUUUUUUGUAAAUCACUUUCGUGCUUUUUGAGUUUUUGUCUUUUCCUGUAUGAGAGAGCCAGCCAUGCAGACUGUCUUGUGAUUUAACCACAAGUUACUUUCAUUUUCCUUCUUUCAGUAAUAUAAUCAGUGUUCUUUUCAUUUUAAUUAGAUUUAAAACGUUAUAAAGCAAGACCAUGUAACUUUUGCCAAAUAGCCAAUGUGGCUGCCAACUGAAAAUUAUACAUGCUAAGAACUACUGCAAGAAGAGAAUAGUUCAUCAUACAGAAAUAACUUUCCAGAGUUUUCCACAUUAGCCACCAUAAGCUAGUGGUCAUACCAGACCAAUUAAGGUCAGUUUUGCCCCCCCCCCCCCCCCAACAGUAUGAUGAAUUGAACAAUGGUUCAUUUUAUUGCUAAUGAAUUCAAAAUUUCAUUUGUAAGAGAAAGAAUGUGUUACUUCUUCUUUGAAAAAUUAGUUCAUGCUGCUUUAAAUCUGCAUUCAUUAAAAAAAAAUUAACUGUUUGGGCCAUGACAACAAGUAAGUCAUUCUUCUAAAAUGAAAGUAAAAAUACAGAUUUUCAGAUAAUGAGCUACAUUUUUAAAGUACAUGAAAAAAUAAGUGCAUGUAUUCAGUUAGUUUCCACCCCUGGUUUCGACUCUGGCAUUUAAUUCCCUGUAACUUUUAGCCUACCACUGCCUCUGUGGUUGAAAACACUCCCUGCCUUAGAUAUAAUAAAGUAUAACUCGUACCUCAA